AUGCAGACCGACACUGCUGAGUGGCAGCAAGGGCGUUUUGGGGUUAGAUGCCUGGAACAAAAACCUGCCCUAGAGGCAGAACCCUCGUGCGACCUUUUGCAUCUCCCUAGAAAUGCUUCAGAUUCCAGGAAAUUAGAGCUCUCCCCGCCGACCCGGGCGGCGCCCCGCCGGGCCCCCUCAGCAGCUGGCCGGGGGCGGGGCGCGGGCGCGGACGUGCGGGGAGACACGGCGCCCCCGGCGCAGCAUCCUGUCCCGCCCCCGGCCCGGCGCCCCCGCCCGGGCGGCCCUGCGCACGUUUUUCCCGUGCGCGUCUUUGAAAAUAAGUACAUACGUAGGGUCACCGCACCUCUGAUCUUCGCCAUCUCAGUUGCUACCAUAGGCUCUUUCCAGUAUGGCUACAACACUGGAGUCAUUAAUGCUCCUGAGGCGAUCAUAAAAGACUUUCUCAAUUACACUUUGGAAGAGCGGUCAGAAACCCCCGCGUCCAGCGUGCUCCUCACAUCCCUGUGGUCGUUGUCCGUGGCCAUCUUCUCCGUGGGUGGUAUGAUUGGUUCCUUCUCCGUCGGACUCUUUGUCAAUCGAUUUGGCAGGCGCAAUUCAAUGCUUAUUGUCAACCUGUUGGCCAUAGCUGGUGGCUGCCUUAUGGGAUUCUGCAAAAUAGCAGAGUCAGUGGAAAUGCUGAUCUUGGGUCGACUGAUUAUCGGCCUCUUCUGUGGACUCUGCACAGGAUUCGUGCCCAUGUACAUUGGAGAGAUCUCCCCUACUGCCCUGCGGGGCGCCUUUGGUACUCUCAACCAGCUGGGCAUCGUUAUCGGAAUUCUGGUGGCCCAGAUCUUUGGUCUAAAAGUCAUCUUGGGGACUGAAGAUCUCUGGCCUCUGCUCCUGGGCUUCACCAUCUUACCAGCUAUCAUCCAGUGUGCUGCCCUUCCAUUUUGCCCUGAAAGUCCUAGAUUCUUGCUCAUUAACAGAAAGGAGGAGGAGAAGGCAAAGGAGAUCCUCCAGAAACUCUGGGGCACUGAGGACGUGGCUCAGGACAUCCAGGAGAUGAAGGAUGAGAGUAUGCGGAUGUCGCAGGAGAAGCAAGUCACAGUGCUAGAGCUCUUCCGCGCCCCCAACUACCGGCAACCCAUCAUUAUCUCCAUCAUGCUCCAGCUCUCCCAGCAGCUCUCUGGGAUCAACGCGGUGUUCUACUACUCGACAGGAAUCUUCAAAGAUGCAGGUGUCCAGGAGCCGGUCUAUGCCACUAUCGGCGCAGGUGUGGUCAACACCAUCUUCACCGUGGUGUCUGUGUUCUUGGUGGAAAGGGCUGGGAGGAGGACGCUACACCUGAUUGGCCUUGGAGGGAUGGCUUUUUGUUCCAUCCUCAUGACGAUUUCUUUGUUACUAAAGGAUCAUUAUAGCUGGAUGAGCUUUAUCUGUAUUGGGGCCAUCCUGGUCUUCGUGGCCUUCUUUGAAAUUGGCCCAGGCCCCAUUCCCUGGUUUAUUGUGGCUGAACUCUUUGGCCAGGGACCCCGCCCAGCUGCCAUGGCAGUGGCUGGUUGUUCCAACUGGACCUCCAACUUUUUGGUUGGACUGCUCUUCCCCUCCGCCGCGUUCUACUUAGGUGCCUACGUUUUCAUCGUCUUCACUGCCUUCCUCGUUAUCUUCUGGGUCUUCACCUUCUUCAAAGUUCCUGAGACCCGUGGCAGGACUUUUGAGGAAAUCACACGAGCCUUUGAAGGGCAGUGGCCGCCCUGCUCCCUCAGCUCCCUCCGCUCCAGCCCAAGGAGCUGCCCGGCGCCCGCGUCCGUCGCCUCCCCAGCGCCGCACUCACCCGAGGCAGCGCUGCGCUGGACCAAACCUAGGAGCCUGCAGGAGGCGGGGCUUUUGGCCGCGCGGGAUGGGAGGGGUGUGUGUUUUGGGGCGGGGGGGGGGGUGCCCUCCCGCGAGCCUUCACUGCGCAGGCGCGAGCGGCCUCGGAAACCUGUUGGAUUCGCUUCGGUUCAGUUCCAGUCUUUUCUGGCUAAAAUCCUAGCCAUUCUUGGAAACUAG